AUGGAGAUUAAGGCCGUGCACUACCUUGACAAAGACGCCAGUGAUCGGUUUUAUAAUAUGGACGCAUACGUGAUUGUGCUUAUCGGCUGUAUACUGGUCGCAAACCUGGCAACGUUCUGGCGUCUUAAAUUUCUAAGCUUGCGCGACAAAGGGGAUCUAGUGGCACGCGACAACCGGUUGCUCGUCUUGCUGCUGGGCUUCUCGAACCUGGCGUUCUUCUUCAACGGGUUGCUGGUCGCGCUCACCGGUGACGAUACUGUAGGGCAGCUCAACACAAUUGCGCGCACGAAUGUCGCCAGGAACGUGGCCAAGUUGUACGCCCGUCACACGAGCGCCAUCGCCACCGGUAUCUUGUUCGUCGUCUACGGCUAUACUUGUCGCAACAGAAACGAAAAGGGACCACGUGGUUCUAUCGUCACCGUCACAACAAGCAGGACGUUAGCCUCG